AUGGACGCAGCACAUUGCUAUCUCGAAGGAAACGCCGACGCCGUAGAAUUCUGUCCUCACGAGCCGUAUGCGAACUUGCUUGCAGCUUCUACGUACACACUCCAAGAAGGAGAUCUUCCCUCUCGAUCGGGCUAUGUGUAUCUAUUCGACGUCGGAGAUGUGGAAGAUGUUGGUUUGAACCUUCUCCAGAAAAUUGACACCACAGGGGUAUUCGAUAUCCGGUGGAGCCGCGGCGGCGAUGGAGGCGGAAACGUGGCGCUUGCUCAGACUGAUGCUGAUGGAUGCUUGAGAGUUUACAAGAUAGAUGAGGUUGAAGAAAAAGGUUACUCUCUGAGAGAAGUCGCCGGUGAGAAAAUCAGCUCAUCAAUGUGUCUCUGUUUGGAUUGGAAUCCAUCAUCAACAUCAAUCGUCGUGGGUCUAUCAGAUGGCUCUGCUUCAGUUGUUUCAUUCACUGAUUCUAAUCUAGAAACAGUCCAAGAAUGGAAAGGACACGAUUUUGAGCUUUGGACAGCCUCGUUCGAUCUCAACAAUCCUAGUUUGGUCUACACUGGAUCAGAUGAUUGCAAGUUCAGCUGCUGGGAUAUCAGAGAUAGUCCUGCAGACAAUCGAGUUUUCCAGAAUUCCAAAGUUCAUACAAUGGGUGUUUGCUGUAUUUCGCCGAGUCCAAGUGACCCUUACUCUAUAUUCACUGGCAGUUAUGAUGAAACCUUGAGAGUUUGGGACACGAGAUCUGUUUCGAGACCUGUCAACGAAACAUCGUUGUCUCUAGGUGGAGGAGUGUGGAGGAUCAAACACCAUCCGUCUCUGGGCGGUGUUGUUUUGGCGGCUUGUAUGCAUAACGGUUUUGCUGUAGCGAAGGUUAGUGAUGGGAAAGGUGAAGUGAUGGAGACUUAUAACAAGCAUGAAUCUCUUGCUUAUGGAGCAGAUUGGUACAGAGGGAUACAUCAGAAGCGAAGCAUUGUAGCAACUUGCUCCUUCUAUGAUCGGCUGCUUCGGUUAUGGAUGCCGGAAACUGCGUUUGAGCUCUGA